GGCAGGGCUAGGCGUCGGUCACGUAGCUCAGGUUACGGGGCUACGGUCGCCGCGUGUGUCGCUCCAUCAGUCUGGUCAACCCCGCUGUCUUUCCGUCAUCAUGCCGAUGUUCGUUGUGAACACCAACGUGCCCCGCGCCUCCGUGCCGGAGGGGUUCCUCUCCGAGCUCACCCAGCAGCUGGCGCAGGCCACUGGCAAGCCAGCCCAGUACAUCGCAGUGCACGUGGUCCCGGAACAGCUCAUGGCCUUCGGCGGCUCCAGCGAGCCGUGCGCGCUUUGCAGUCUGCACAGCAUCGGCAAGAUCAGCGGCUCGCAGAACCGCGCUUACAGCAAGCUGCUGUGCGGUCUGUUGGCCGAACGCCUGCGCGUCAGCCCCGACAGGAUUUACAUCAACUAUUACGACAUGAACCCGGCCAACGUGGGCUGGAACAGCUCCACCUUCAACUGAGCGCCGCGUUGGCCAGCCGCGGUCUGCAGUGGCGGUGCCCUCCCCAGCCCCGGUCAGCCCACCUCCCCGUGGGAAGAAAUAAACG